AUGGCUAAAAUAGCAACGAGAAUUUUUGGUUUCUUAAUAGCGACAGCUACCGUUCGUUAUAAAUUAGUGCGUUCAUUAAUUAUCAGCACCGAGGCAUUAUUUGUUUUCAUAACAAUUGCAUCCCUUUUAUUUUAUACCAAAUGGUUAAUUGCUCGAUAUCGGCCAACAAUUCAAGGCCAGAAACUGCAGCAUAAAGCUUUGAAAAAUCGUUUCAAAUUCAAAGCACCAAAAUUCAUUGAUUUAGGAUUUAGCGAUAUUCCUAUAUUCCCAGAAGGUACCUGGAGUUGGAAGCACCAAAACUUUUCGUUUUUCGCAAAUCGUGGCCAGCGGCCGUAUAUGGAAGAUCGUAUGCAUUAUAUGAAUGAUCCUCAUCAUAAUUUGUGCAUUUUUAGUAUUUUCGAUGGUCAUGGAGGGCCCUUCGUUUCUCAAUAUCUGGAGGAGCAUUUUUCCACAGCAAUUAGAAAUCGUCUCUUGCGAUUUGGUCAAAAUCCUGGGCAUCGUUUAAGCUUAACAGGUCAAAAUGAAGAUACGGUCGUCCAGGUUUGUUAUUGA